GUGUCCUACAUGCGUAACAUCCCAAUCGAAGUGUUAGACGGCAACGUGAUAGAGUACGUCGAGACAGUCUGUGCAGUUGUCUCAGAAGUCGAGUAUCUGAACCUGGCCGGAUCGGACCGUAUUUACGGGUUCGACGACGACUCGGGCGACAGUGGCAUGCGCACGUCGCCCAGGCAAACGCCACCAUUGCGUCCGCAAUCGCGAAUGUCGACGCGACCCCGCGAGCAGACAUACACAGUGCCCUUUGCCUUCAACUCCCUAGAAGAGUGCCUCCACACGCUCUUCUUCCCGAUCUGGACAGCCAUGGUCGGGGGCGCGCUCCUGAUGUACCCCGAAAGCCUACCAUCCCUCGUCUUCGAGAAGGGCUACGCGCCCGUUCCGACAUCGCCGCUCGACCGCAUCGCGUACUACGGCAACUACGCCGUCCCGCACGUGUGGAUCUUCAUCGGGUGCGUCGUCGGCACCGCGCUAGUGGACCCGCGGGUGUUUGGGACUCUCGUGCUACUCGUGACCCUGCGAACGAUGCAUGUGUGGCGGGGCUAUGCGAAUAACAGGGCAGAACGGCUUUUGGACGAGAGGAGGCAGAGCGAGGAGAUCAAGCAGUGGGAGAUGGAUAUGUGGUGUGUUUAUCUGGUCUUCGCCGGGAAAGAAGAGCAGUUCUCCUCGUUGCUGUCUUCUCUCUAAUGUAAAGAUCCCGAAGUCGCAUCUGCCUACCAUAGUAUUAGCGCUUUACCCAUC